AUAGCAGUUCAUUUCCUGUUUUGCUGCGUGCGUGUGUGUUUCUAUUCGAGACGAAGUAAAUAUCAGAUCCGUUCUUUUGCUCUAAACGUAAAGGUUUUUGCUCACGUAGUUUUGACUGCUGAAUUUGUAAGCAGUGAUUGUGUCGACGGGUGCAUGAUGGAGGAGGAAGAUGAGCAGCAGAACGCAGCGCAGGGCUCUCUGCAUGGUGUCCCAGAUCUCUAUUCUAUUCUCCGUGGGGAGGUCGUAUCUGUAACUACAUAUGGAGCAUUUGUCAAAGUCGAGGGAUAUAAGAAACAAGGCUUGGUUCAUGUUAGUGAAAUGUCUGCAUGUCGUGUGGAGAACCCCGCCGAGGUUGUGGAUGUUGGAGAACAAGUGUGGAUUAAGGUGAUUGGGAGAGAGAUCACUGGGGAGAAAAUAAAGCUUUCCUUUUCCAUGAAGGCUGUCAAUCAAGGCUCUGGAAAGGACCAGGACCCAAAUAAUGUGAUGGCAGAGCAAGAUGAACGAAGGAGGAGGAGGUUUAAGGAUCUAACAGGACAGAGGAUAACCUUAGAGGCUGUGCUGAACACCACGUGUAAGAAAUGUGGCUGCAAGGGUCACUUUGCUGCAGAUUGCUUCUCUCAGGGUGGACAGCAGUAUAACCUGCUUCCAGAUGAAGAGACCGUAGAGCCAGUUGCUCAAACUAGUCAGCCAAUGCCAUCUUCUGACAAACAGGAGGAGAAAAGGGGGAAAAAAAGAAAGAAAGAAAAAAAAGAGAAGAAACGGAAUGACCACAGCAGUGAUGAAAAGUCCUCUUCUAAGAAGGCUCGGCACUCCCACUCAAAGAAGAAAAAGCACAAGAAACACAAAAAACAGAAAUGAGCAGUUUCAUAUGUUUUGUUAAAUAUACACUUAUAUAAACCAGCUACACAUCUGAUUGUAUAAUUUGCGAUUGUUAAAAAAUUAAAGGAAGGUGGAACUGUUCAACCAGGUGGAGAGGAGGAGUCAAUUCGAACCAAACAUGAUUUGUUUGCUAUUUUUCUGUUUUGUAUUUAUUUUAAGAAAUUGCACUUCACAGUUAGGCCCCUAAAUGUUAAUUAGCCUAUAGGGGAAUGUAUUUUGUGAGACUGUUUAAUAUGAUGCAUACAGAUGUGAGAAUUUAAAUAAACACUGAAUAGACCUAUGAGAAAUACAUUUAUAUUAAAAACUAUUUUCUGUUUCAA